AAUACGAAAUUCUUUUUGAGAGCAUACAAGGAGGAAGAAACCCCAAAAUAGAAAGAAAAAGUAAUUCUUCAAAGAGAAAAGGAGAGAUGACAGAUUUUAGAGACUCCCCCAUGCAUAAAGCUCUAGAGCCUUUAGAGUGGUUGAUAGGAAAAUGGAAAGGCGAGGGAAAGGGCACUUGUCCAGUCAGUGGGCCGUUUGAAUAUACGGAUGAAAUAGAAUUCUUUCAUGUUGGUCAGCCAAUGCUUCAAUUUAGCCUUUACUCCAUCAAUAAGAAAACUAACAGGCCACAUCACAGAGAAAUAGGAUUUCUUAAAAUCAAACCAGGUACAAACGAACUAGCUUGGAUAGCUGCCCAUAAUAAUGCUAUCAGUGAAAUUCAAGAGGGAACUGUUGAAGGACAGACCAUUGAAUUGGAGUCAAAUGAUAUUCGAAGGAAGAUAUUUUUCGAUGGCUGCAAAAUGAUAAAGAUAAAGAGGAAUUUCAAACGUGAAGAGGACACGUUAUACCAGGUUUUCACCAUGGAAACAGAUGCUGGUCCUUUAACAGAGCAUCUUAGAACAACGUACCAUAAAGUUUAAUUCCCUUAUCCUCAACUGAAAAUCAUUUAUCCAUGUAAAAAAAAACUUUCACAUCUAUAAAUCAGAA